AUGUUAUCGGAAUUAUAUGAUAGUACAGAAGACACAUAUAUCACAUACACAUGUCUGAUUAAGUCCAUGCUUGCUAAAUAUGAUGUUCCUAAGGCAACUAUUUCGGAACCUGGUACUUCUGGAGGUAAUCACACGGUAAUAAACUGUAAGAAGCCAACAACUUGCAAGCUUUGCCAUAAGCGUCAUCAUUCUUUGCUGCACCCAAAUCUGGACGGUACUAACAGGAGUGAUACUGCAUCAAAACCUACUGUCGUUGAAGCUAGUCCUUCGACUAGUUCUGUUCCAGUAGUCUCUUGCAUAUCUACUAACACGGUUCCUGUUCCUGGACAAGUUUUACUAGCCACUGCUCUAGUAAAAGCUGAGUCCAAGACGGAUAACUAUCAGGUAGUAAGAGCUCUGUUGGAUCAAGGUUCACAGGCUUGUUUUGUGACCGAGGACACAGUGCAGUUCUUAAGGCUUAAGAAAAUUCCCAUACAUGGAAUGGUGUCAGGAUUAGGUCAGAAGUCGACUAUAGCGAAACAUAUGGUGAAUAUAACUAUUCAAUCCAGGGUAGAUUCAGAUUUUAAAUUAAAUUUCAACGCUUACGUCAUUAGUAAAAUUACUUCAUACUUACCGGAUCAAGCAUUAAAUAAAAAUACUUUUAACUGGUUCGAUAUCACCAACUUACAGUUGGCCGACCCACAGUUCAAUCAACCUAGUAAAAUUGAUAUUUUAUUAGGUGCAGAUGUUUAUGGUUGCAUAAUAAAAACAGGCAUUAUCAAAAGUCCAACUGCUAAUUUAAUUGCUCAGAACACCACAUUAGGAUGGAUUCUAUCUGGUGUAGUACAUAGAUCAAACACUAACAAUAGUUCAAGUUACACACAGCCAUGUGUUAGUGUAGCACACGCUCAGUUCAAUUUAGAUCAAAUUCUCAAACAGUUUUGGGAAAUUCAAGAUCAAACUAGUACAAAAAAGGUACUUUCGCCAGAAGAACAACAAUGCGAAGACUUUUACAAGGCCACAACUAAAAGAAGAGCAGACGGUAGAUAUGAAGUCCGGUUACCAUUUCGAGUUAAGGAUCCGCAGUGCACAGCAGGUGAUUCUCGCGCUAUAGCUGAAAACAGAUUAAAAUCAUUAGAGAAACGGUUGGCAAAGAACACUGAGCUAAAGGAAAGGUACUCGGAUGUAAUAGAAGAAUACUUACGUUUAGGGCACAUGCGACCUGUAAAACCAGAUGACAAUAAAAAAGAAAUAGCUGUGUAUUUACCACAUCACGCCGUCGUAAGAGAAGACAAAACCACUACUAAGGUUCGAGUUGUGUUCAAUGCAUCUCAGAAGAACGGUAAAGGAGUUUCCUUGAAUGAUACUUUGAUGGUUGGACCGACACUACAAGCGGACUUGAGGCACACAAUUAUGAGAUGGAGAACUCACUCUAUUGGACUGGUGGCAGAUAUAAUUAAGAUGUAUCGCCAAAUUAGAGUAGCUGAUGAGGAUGCUAUGUUUCAAAGGAUACUCUGGCGGAGCAGUCCUAACGAGUCGAUCAAAGACUAUGAACUCGUAACAGUUACUUUUGGAACGGCGUCGGCACCUUACCUGGCGGUUAGAACUCUCCAUCAAAUUGCUUACGACGAAGGCGACGAAUAUCCUCUCGUGACUGAAAAGGUACUAAAGUGCUACUAUAUGGACGAUUUAAUGACCGGAUGCGAUGACGUCACUACCGGCAUCAAAAUCUACAAGCAAAUGAAAGAACUUUUAGCCAAAGGAGGUUUCGAACUUCAAAAGUGGAGCACUAACAAUAAAGAGUUAUUAGAUCAAAUUAAUACAAUAGAGCGUAAAGUAGAGAACAACGAAGAAAAUGAGAGUAAAGCUAAAGAUAGAGAACAAAAGGAAUUAGAAAUGAAAUUAGAUAAUACUAUGAAGAUCUUGGGACUUACCUGGGAUCGUAAUGAUGACUCCUUCCGGUACACCGUUCAUCUCCCGCCGCUUCAGAAUACACCUGCAACAAAAAGAACUGUAAUCUCUGAUAUAGCUAGAUUAUUCGACCCAUUGGGUUGGCUAGCGCCCACAAUAGUUGUAGCCAAAAUCUUUAUACAGAAAUUAUGGCUCGCGGGUCUCGGUUGGGAUGAACCACUUACUGAACAAUUAACGGAAGAAUGGCGUACUUAUCGGGAACAGCUAACAUUACUUACCGAAGUUAAUAUACCUCGUUGGCUGGGGAAAACCAUAGAAACCGACGUAGAGCUCCAUGGAUUUUGUGACGCGUCGAAGGUAGCAUAUUCCGCUGUAGUAUACAUGCGACUAACUAAAAACGUAGGAGAGGUCAAAGUGUCAUUGGUUGCUGCAAAGACUCGCGUGGCACCAAUAAAGCAAGUUAGCAUUCCUCGCUUAGAGCUGUGUGGGGCAGUUCUCCUGUCACGACUAUUGAUGGAAACUGCUGAGGUGUUGAAUAUACCCAAAGAUAAGGUUAAAGCGUGGACAGACUCUACUGUGGUGUUAGCCUGGAUCAACAGCCACCCCAGUAAAUGGAAAACCUUUGUCGCCAAUAGGACAUCCGAAAUCUUAACCACAAUGAUGGCUUCGCAGUGGUUCCACGUGUCGACUAAAGAUAAUCCAGCAGAUGUUGCCUCUCGAGGGUUAUCACCAAGUUUGUUUAGGCAAAAUACAAUGUGGUUUUCAGGACCACAGUUUCUGAAAAAAACGGAAAUUAGUUAUUUUAGACCAAAAGAGUUAGAGAUCAAUUUAGAACAGUCGAUUAAGACUCAUGUAGGAGUUAUUAUAUCAAAUGAUUUUGACUUACUUGAGAGAUUUUCUUCAUUGUCAAAGUUAUUAAAGGUUGUUGCAUAUUGUCGUCGAUUCCUAAACAGAGAUGCCAGAAGCAAACUUUACCUGCAAAAGAAAGAGAUACAUGAAGCAUUAGAAUGUUGUAUAAAGAUAGUACAAAAGAAAGAGUUUUCCACAGAGUACAAACAAUUAUAUGAUAAAUCAGACUUACCUUUGAAAAAUAGUACACUCAAAUCCUUAUGUCCUUACCUUGAUGACAAAGGCAUUAUGAAAGCUCAGGGACGAAUAGAUAAGGCUCCACUGGAUGAACUAAUAAAGCACCCCAUAAUCUUGCCCAAGAAGUCACACUUUACCCUACUCAUAAUUGCGGACGCUCAUAGUAAAACUCUACAUGGAGGUCCACAAUUAAUGAUUAAUUAUUUGCGAACCGCUUAUUGGAUCAUUGGUGUAAGAGAACUGGUGAAGCUAUACGUUCGCAAGUGCAUCAUUUGUGCGAAACAAAGAGCCACUAUUCGCAAUCAAAUGAUGGGGUCGCUUCCAUCGAUUCGCUGCUCCCCCGCAAGGCCGUUCCUGCACAGUGGUGUUGAUUACGCAGGUCCAAUAAACAUUAGAACCACUAAAGGUAGGGGACACAAAUCAUACAAAGGCUACAUAUGUUUGUUUGUGUGUAUGUCUACACGCGCUCUUCAUCUCGAAGUAGUCAGUGACAUGACAACACAGGCAUUCUUAGCUGCCUUUAGACGAUUUGUGUCUCGACGAGGCCACUGUUCAAAGUUGUGGAGCGACAAUGGUACCACUUUUGUUGGUGCUUCUAGGGAACUUCAGCAAAUUUCAACUUUGCAGUCAUCCAUAGCAGAAAAUUUAGAAGCAAAUGGCACUGAAUGGCACUUCAUUCCCCCCCAUGCACCCAAUUUUGGCGGUCUAUGGGAAGCUGGGGUGAAGUCCACAAAAUACCAUAUUAAGCGCGUAAUAGGCGAGUCUACUCUCACAUAUGAAGAGCUCACUACAUUCCUUACUCAGGUCGAGGCUUGCUUGAAUUCACGGCCUAUUAGUGUUAUUCAUUUAGACGAUCCAGGAGAAUCUAUGCCUUUGACUCCGGGACAUUUUUUAAUCGGAGAACCGCUUGUUUCUGUACCGGAUUACAAUUACGAGAAUGUCUCAGUAGGUUCUCUAACAAGGUGGCAAUUCGUGCAGCGAAUGCUGCAAUCCUUUUGGAAGCGAUGGUCCAAUGAAUACCUUACGAAUCUAAUGAACAGAUAUAAAUGGUCUUUCAUUGUUCCUGAACCAAACAUUGGAGACGUCGUUCUAAUUAAGGAGGACGAUCUACCUCCAAGUCGUUGGAUGUUAGGACGUGUAGUCGAAAAACAUCCAGGGGAUGAUAAAGUCACUCGGGUUGUCACAUUAAAAACCAAAACAAGCAUUAUUAAGAGGCCAACUAACAAACUGUGUAUUUUGCCAGUAGCAGACAAAUAG